AUGAAAGAAGAAAUAGAAGUAAACUUCUUUAAUACUUAACAAAAAAUAAAAUAAAGCUAAGAAAAAAAAAGAAGAGAAGGGGAAGAACUAAGAAAAAAUUAUGAAUAAUUCAGAUAGGUAAAUAUACAAAGUGUUGAACCAUUUUAAGAAUCAAAUUCUUUUGUUAGUUCAGUUCAUAACCUUGCAAUUCAGACCAACAUUUGA